AUGUCUUCAGAUGAGCAAACCAAGAUCUGUCUCGGCGUGGCCGUCGACCACCGAAUCCAGCGGCUCUGCAAAACCACUCCUCACGGCCUUGCAGGGGAGUCCGAUCACGUUGCAAGUAUCAAGGAGGAAGGGCGGGCGUUGAAGCGACCUCGCGAGGAAGUUGCCGUCACCGCAGAGCUCGCAGGUCCGGCCUACAAAGGCGGUAUCGCCGUCAUGCUGCAGCAGCCUCGAAAAACCCACCCCUACGACAAGGGCAUUGACGCUGUCAUCGAGGACUGCGAGAGUCUGCUAGCCCUCUACGAGGUCUUUGAUGUGGCGUCCCGCGGCUCCCUCGACAUUCGAACCAAUGUCUCCGUCGUCGACUUGCUGCCCUUCGACAUGUACAGCGACACCCUACUGGAUCUAAAAGUGGGUAUCACCAGCCUUCUGGCGAACCCCGACAUGGCCAAGGAGUCUCCGGAGAAGCCCUAUCGAGUUCUGCUUGAAUCUGGUCUAAGCGAGACCUGCAAUGAUCUGGCCCUGAUCCUCACUCAGAUCUCCCGUUGCGUGGAGAGAGGCUGGCCCGAGUCCGUGGCUUGGAAGAACGAGGCGUCUCUGAGAGCGCUGUCGUCGGACACGCUUUUGUUAUCUGAAAUGGUAUUGAAAGCUGCCAAAAAGGCGGAACGUACGGGAUUUGCGGAAAUAGCUGUGGUAGGGAUGAAGAUCAUCGCUAGAAUCGAUAAGAAGGGCAGGGACAAGGACGCCGCGUACAAGUACGGCAUGGAUCCGAACGAGCUCAGAAAAAACUUCACGAAGAUGGCCAUGCAUAUUGAGUCUCUUCUAUUGGAUCUCCUGGAGAAAAAGGAAGAUGCACUCAAUGCUCUGGGUCAGGAGGAUUACCUGUCGAGUUUGAUGGACAAAGUGAGUAUCACACCCUCAUCAACAAGAAAUGAGUAUAGGAGGUCACCGGGGGCUGUACGAUCUGGUUGGUGA